AUGAAAGAUCAGAACACAUUAGAAGAAAGCAGCACAAGCGGUCAAACCCAUGGCAACAUCUCAGUUGCUUCAGGGUCCGGUUUUAAUUCUUCUACGGCAGACGAUUAUGGCGACAGAAAAAAGACCGAUUCGUCCAUUCAUGACCACGAUGUUGCGAUGCGAGAACAACAGGCUGUCAAUCGAUCGAAGCUAUUCGUGGCUUUUUUUUUAUUUCUUGCAGCUUGUGCAACUGCUACUGCAACGUACCUUUUCGUUGAGCAGCAAGAGCGAAAGGAUUUUGAAGACCAGUUCCAUAGCUCUGCCACAGAGUUUCUUGUUGUGACAGGGCAAAAGACUGAUCAACUUUUCAGUGCCUUGGACUCGUUUUCGAUCAGCGUUUCGUCCGAAGCAAAAUCAACAAACCAGACCUGGCCUUUUGUCACCAUCAGUGAUUUCUCGGCGAAGGCGCACUCGUUGCAAAAACUCAUUGGUAUGCCUGAAGCUCUGUACCACCAGCUCUUGCUCUUCUUACCUGUGGUCAACGAGGCUGACCUUGCGCAAUGGGCAGUCCAUACCAUGGAAGAUGCUCCAGUGUAUUAUCAAGAUGUUAUUGACACAGAAGGCUACAAUUCGACAGUUGAUGAACUCAUGGCCAAGACUACCCCAAUGAUCUACUACUAUGACGCAGAAAAUAACCACGAUUUCACAAUAUCAAAAGACACGGCCUUGCCCAUUUGGCAAAACUAUCCGUUUGAGAUCGAACCAAACUCACAGCGGUCGUUCACAAAUCUUGAUCUGAUGACGAUCAAACAGUUCAGUGAACUCUUCCAUCUCACCAAUGCUACCUUAAAUGCUACCAUCGGAUUUUCGGAGUCACGUAUCGAGGAGGGUGGUGAAUCUCGGCCUUUGGUUUCAAGCCAGAUCAUGCAACCCAUUUUCAAGACUGUUGAUACAGCAGCAAAGGACAGGGAAAUGGUUGCAGUUGCUUGGUUGUCGUUGGAAUGGACAACGUACUUCGAAGACUUGUUCAACGAGGAAACGGAUUCUAUUACUGUUGUUCUUCGGAACAGUUGCCCAAGGUGGAAUGUAUACAAUGAACAAAGUGUCUCUGAGGAAGAGGUAAAUGUUGUCAGCUACGACAUCAAUGGACCGGAUGCCACUUUUCUGGGCGAAUACGAUGCGCAUGAUCCACAGUUUGACUCUCUCGAAGUCGCGUCCACUCUUGUGGAUCUUGAUGUUGAUUCGUCAAAGAUUGUCAGUGGUGAGUGUAUUCCCAAACUUUCACUCCACGUCUACCCAACCGAAAAGUUCGAGGAGGCCUUCUAUACGUCCAAACGAUUCCUAUAUGCAGGAGUGGUCAUUGCCAUCUUUGCGUUCACAAGUCUCGUAUUUUUGCUGUAUGAUUAUUUUGUCGGACAGAGACAGAGAAAAGUUAUGGAUCGCAUCAAAAUGCAAGAUCAAAUUGUUGCUAAUGUCUUUCCUACGGCGAUUCGGAAUCGACUUUAUGAUGGCAUUGGCAAAGAAAACGACUCCGAUUUCCUUGAUAUUGACGGCGAAACUGACAGAACCUCACAGGGAGCACCAAUGGCAGACUUGUUCCCUGAUGUGACGAUUAUCUUUGCUGAUAUUGUUGGCUUUACUGCGUGGGCGUCGGCUCGGGAGCCACCACAAGUCUUCACAUUACUGGAGAUGAUCUAUGCAGCCUUUGAUAGAGUAGCUUACCGACACAAUGUGUUCAAAGUUGAAACGGUUGGAGACUCCUACGUCGCAGCAACUGGUUUGCCAGAGCCGAUGAAAGAGCAUGCUGUGGCGGCGUGCAAAUUCGCUCGAGACUGCUUGAAGAAGAUGAAAGAGAUUACUCUGAAACUCGAUGUAACGCUCGGUCCUGAUACGUCGGGCUUGAGACUGAGAGUUGGGAUUCACAGUGGUCAAGUGACGGCCGGUGUAUUGCGAGGCGAACGCAGUCGCUUCCAGCUUUUUGGUGACUCCAUGAAUACAGCUGCUCGAAUGGAGAGUACCGGAAGGGCGAGCUGCAUUCAGAUCUCACAGACCACUGCUGAUCUGCUGAAAGAAGGGGGCUUUGAUAACAUGACCAUACCUCGUGGACGGAAGACCCUUGUCAAAGGCAAGGGAGAAAUGCAAACCUACUGGCUCCGUUCAACGGAUUCGAAGCGUCUUAGAACAAAGAGUAAUACUCAGCUAAUCGACUCGACGAUUAGCGAAGAAGAAACAGUAGAGGACUCCUUCAGCUCUUCCGAAGACAUCAAAGACAAGGGCGACGACCUUUUGGACAUGAACGGCAUCGAAAAUAUGAACAAAAUCGAGCGCCUCGUCGAGUGGAAUGUUGAAGUUCUCAGCCCGCUGCUGCAGCAAAUAGUGGCUACAAGAGGAGGAUCUCGAAAGAGCAUCAAGCCUCUACAGGUCGUUGAAUCCAACAUUCGAUCUGGUCGAACCAUCUUGGAAGAGUUCGUACCUAUCAUUCACUUGAAGAGACCUGACAGUGAUUUGAACGACAGUCGACAUGGAUACAACUCGAUUGACAUAGGGAGUGAUAUCAAGUCAGAGCUACGACGCUUCCUCUCCAAUAUUGCCGAGUUGUACACAGACAGCAACCCAUUCCACAACUUUGAACAUGCUAGCCACGUCACCGCAUCCGUGAAGAAAUUGCUCAAACGCAUCGUCAACGUCGACAGUGGCAAUGGACUCACACAGCAGAAUGGAAACAGCGGAGUGAACAUGGUCGACUUGGCCGGUCAUUCGUACGGGAUUACUUCCGAUCCACUGACACAGUUUGCUGUCGUGUUUUCCGCCAUCAUUCAUGAUUUGGAUCACCCAGGUGUACCAAACGCCCAAUUGGUGAAGGAAGGCGCUCCAAAUGCUGAGCUGUACAAGAACAAGUCAGUGGCGGAGCAGAAUAGCGUCGACAUUGCAUGGACGAUUCUAAUGAAAGACGAGUACCAAUCCUUGCGAAGCUGCAUCUAUCAGACUGAAGAAGAGCUUCGGCGUUUCCGUCAGCUGGUGGUGAACACAGUCAUGGCUACUGACAUUGUGGACAAGGAAUUGCAAGCGCUUCGCAAGCAACGUUGGGAAACUGCGUUUUCCGACAAGGUUCAAGAACCAGCAUCGUCCUCCUCUGAAGAAUCGGAGUCCGAAGAGAGUCAGGACCGCAAGGCGACCAUUGUGAUCGAGCACUUGAUCCAAGCCUCCGACGUAGCGCAUACAAUGCAGCAUUGGUACAUUUACAAGAGCUGGAACGAAAAGUUCUUUUGCGAAUGCUACAAAGCGUACAAGUCGGGUCGGGCAGAUGUCGAUCCUAGUAUCAACUGGUACAAAGGAGAGAUCGGUUUCUUUGACUUUUAUGUGAUCCCUUUGGCUAAGAAGCUGGACAACUGCGGCGUGUUUGGGGUAUCAUCGCAUGAGUAUUUGAACUAUGCAAUGGCGAAUCGGGCGGAGUGGGUGCGAGAGGGAGAGGAGCUUGUCAAGGAAUUUAUCGAGAACUACAACAGCAGUAAGGGGAAAGAGUAA